AUGGAUGUGGUGCGGUUAUUUACAAACCUACUAGCAGUGCACAGACAGCAGCUACAGGCCCUAGCUGUACAGGGGGAGAUCCAGACUGAGGCUCUGGCACAGUUACUGGAGAAGGAGGAGCUCAGGAGAAUGGAGCCCGAUGUGAAGAUGGAGGAGGUGAAGGAUCCUGAGGCCUACCUGCUGCUUUUGGAGAAGGCAGGCUCCAACUCCAGGCUUUCUAAUGUGAAGUGGGGUCUCCUUGGUGGGGAGCGCCUCAGGUCAGGCGAGCCAGACUACGAGACACUGAGGGCCAGCCUGCGGAGCCAAGUCAGGGCAGAAGAGAGCCGACGGCAGCAGGACUUCAGCUCUCUGAGGUACGACCCUGAGAGAGGGCCCAGGGAUUUGGGGCAGGGACUGGAGAGUGCUGCCCAGCACUGGCUCCGGCCUGAGAGGAGAACGGCUGCGGAGGUGGUGAGGUGUGUGGCCCUGCAGAGGUUUGUGUCGCUCCUGCCCACAGACGUUGGAGACUGUGUGCUGAAACAGUGCCCCCAGGACAUGGAUGAGGCUAUCUACAUGGCUGAGGAGUACCUGAACAACACACCUGGGAAUAAGAGCAGUGAGAUGGACAACCACGCUGAUGGAGAGGGAUACCCUGCAGACCAACUGAGAGAGGAGGAAGAAGCAGGGUAGGGCCAGAUCAUGUUUUGAGUGUUUCUUCCACAUCCAAAGAGAUUAAGGAAGUGUAAAAUAUGUUGCCUACAAAUAUUGUGUGUUUAUUGGAAUGCAUUUGUUGAUAUGCUGUAUAUUUCCGUUUAUUUUCAGACAUGCAGAACAUCAAGUUAACAGUGAGAAGAUGAAAGUCACAAGACCGCGGCCAGGGAGGAUAGACUUUUCUAAAGUCUGCCAGUCCAGUAGUUUCAAUAUAGAUGCCAGACAUCUGGAGGACAUUUACAGUGAGGAGAGGAGACUUGAUGGGGAAGAUGAUUUGGUUGAGGAAGACAAUUUUGCUGAACAUGAGGACUGGAUUAAGGAGGAGAUAAAAUACAAUAACCAGGCUGAGGUAGAGGGUGAGAUCAGGUCAGCCUCUGAGAUGGCACAGUCUGCUGAUGUGGCUAUAAAUACUGAGAAUGUUGAGAGGGGUCAGUUUAGAAACAUAGCAAAUCAAAUGCCCGUCUUUGGAAGGGCCAAGAGAGGUGUAUCUGCCCCUGACAUCUCCUCGUCCAGCCCUAACACCGCCGAGACAGAGGGAGAAACACACUGCUGCCUGAAGCGGAAAAACAAAGAAGAUCCCUCCCAUAGACCAAGCCACUGCUGUCAUGACUGUGGUAAGAGCUACAAACGAGCUGCAUUUCUCAGCAAACACAGUUGCAGUGCCUUCCCUAAAUUCAUCUGUCCUGACUGUGCCCAAAUCUUUGCCUCUCAGAAAUGCCUGACCCACCACCGCAGGAGCCAUAAUAAGGCUCUGGGCUGCUCUGAGUGUGGGAAGCAGUUUAGGGACAAGUAUAAUCUGAAAUGUCACAUGAGGACCCACACAGGUGAGUCCCCUUAUACCUGUACAGACUGCGGGGACGUCUUUGCUCAGCUGAAAGGGCUGCAGGAGCACAGGAACAUCCACACAGAAGAAAGGCCAUUCCGCUGCAGUGUGUGUGGGGAGGGCUUCCACCACAGCCACACCCUGACAAAACACAAACUUCUUCACUCCCAGGAGUCUUUCCUCUGUACUCGCUGUGGAAAGAGCUUUAAACUAAAUGACGACUUGCUGAGGCAUCUGAGGACAGUGCAUGAUGAAAGCAUGUACCUAGAUGGAGAUCUGGGUUUUCAUCAGAAUGGAGACAUUUCACCAAGGCCCUAUUGGAAUUGACUCUAUUUAAUAGGGCUUGCGAAGCAAGAGUCCCCACUUUAAAUCUUCGUCAUAAUUCCUCUUAUUAGUAAGGCUUGUGAGAAGCAUUCUCUUACAUUGUUUUAAGCUAGAAACAUCAUUCAAACUUUAAAACGUGCAGAACAGUCAGGACCAGUGUGUUUGCAUUCAACUUUUUGAUAUAUUUUAUACUUUUUAAACUAUUAAGCUUUUAGUCCUUUUUCACUUUCAUGGGAUUUCUUCAACAUUCUAAAUGUACCAUUGUGACAUCAACUCCCAGACUUCCAACAUUCCAUUUACUGUGAACAAUGCAACUUUUGACACAAAUCAGAUACUUUGACCACUUUCCCAACCACAGUUAGACAAAAAGUUAGAGCGUAUGAAAUCUUUCUCUGCUAUUCAAAUCUAGAAUUGGAAAAACUAAAGUAUCUCCUACCAGUCUAACUAUCUGUUUUUAGUAACCACAUUAAUUUUUUUUUUAUAAACAACUGACAUUUUGACCACUUUCCCAGAAAUGUAGACAAAAUCUUACAGGGUAUGACAUCUUUGUCUACUUCUUUGGUAUUCAAAUCUGGAAUCAGAACAAAAUGAUUGACUGCUAAUCAGAAGUUACAGCUGUCUGAGUUUAGAGUGAUGAAAAGCAGCCAGCUAACGCCAGCUAACCGCUCUCUAGCUUGUCAUUGAGCAGCCCAAAUAGCCGUUGCUAUGGAUACUUGCAAAAACGUAAAGGUUAUGACAUCUUGGUCUACAUCUCUGCUAUUCAAAUCAGAACAGAAUGAUCUUCUACCAAUCAAAAGUUCCACAGUUUGUCUGAGUUUCGAGUGAUGAAAAGUAGCUAGCUAACGCCAGCUAACAGCUGUCUCAUGCCUCGUCAAAUUGUAUAUGCAGGGCUUCCUUGUGAAAGAGACCCUGGUCUCAUUGGUGACUCCCUGCUUAAAGGUAAAAUAAAAGAAUUGAGCAGCCCAAAUGGAGCCAUUGCUAUGGAUACUCGCAAAAACAUAGAGGGUAUAACAUCUUGGGCUCUGCUAUUUAAAUUUGGAAUCAGAACAGAAUGUUCUUCUACCAAUCAAAAGUUACUACUGUUUGUCUGAGUUUAUAGUGACAAAGUAGCUAGCUAACAUCAGCUAAAAGCUUUAUCAUGUCUCAUCAUUGAGCAGCCCAAAUGGAGCCGUUGCUAUGGAUACCAAUGCAUUUCAAUGGCAAAAAAAGGGCCAUAGACUACAAUGGUAAAUAAAAAAAUAAAAACUAGGUCCAUCUCCUCUUUCACUGUUUAAGCUAUCAACUCCAAACCAACAUUGAGAUGUUCAGACUGAGCCCACUUAGAUUUACAUGGGUUUGAAUGAGAACCAUAGGAAUACAGAGGUAGAUAUUCAAAAUGGUCGUGCUUUUGGGCAAUUAAGCUACAAGACCGAGACAAUCACCUAUCAAUACUAGCGGAGAAAGUUACUGUAUUUCUAAUUUUGGGUUGAUCAAUCGGGCCAAGGUAGGGUAGGGCCUGAACGUCGACAGCAUGGGUAGGGCUCGCGCUGUAAUGUCAUGCCUUUCUGCUUUUCUUUCAAACUUCUAAACACUUUCCUAUCAGGCUAGACAGAAACUUACUGUAUGACAUCUUCCUCUACUUCACUGCUAUUCAAGCUGAAAUGGUGAUCACUGUUAGCUUAAAGAGUUUAUUUAUUAGAUGGAACUAUCGCUAGCUAUCAGUAGGUUUACAUACAAGCCUAUUCUACAUAGUUCUUCAACUACCACAAAAAUACUUUUAAAGAGCUGUCAUCACUAGAUGCACCAUCAUAUUUCUCUACCCAAAUAAUAGCCUAAAACGUUCAAUUCCUUAUGAGUUCCUCCCUUCCACCACAACAACAAGUCUUCAAAUUCAGAAAGCAAAACAUAAUAAUUGUAGAACCAUGAUUUAUUUUCUCUCGUUUCAACACAGACUGCAUUUUAUGA